GAAAGAGCGACUCCUGCAGAACGCACAAUAUAUUGUGCGAUUUUUUUCCUCUGGUUCCUCGUUCGCCAGUCACUAUUUCCUGUAACGUCACGAAUGACACGUGUAUUCAAGAUGGUGGCCGCGAUGGAGACGUGGGCCCUGCUGCUGCUGUCCAUGCUGCACGUGGCCCAGCCUUUUUAUGUGCCUGGAGUUGCUCCCAUCAACUUUCACCAGAAUGACCUUGUGGAGAUCAAGGCAGUCAAGCUGACCAGCUCGCGGACCCAGUUGCCCUAUGAGUACUACUCCUUGCCUUUCUGUCAGCCUGGCAAGGUGGUCUACAAAGCUGAGAACCUGGGGGAGGUACUCCGUGGUGACCGUAUUGUGAACACUCCCUACUUGGUCCUGAUGAACCAGGACCGAAAGUGUGAGGUGGUGUGCGAGAAACCCAACAAGCCAAUCAGGCUGAGUGUGGAGAAGAGUAAGCUGAUCGCGGAGCGAAUCCAGGAGGAGUAUUAUGUCCAUUUGAUUGCAGACAACCUCCCCGUUGCCACGCGACUGGAGUUCUACCCAAACCGUGAGGCAGGGGGCGAAGAGGAGCAGAAGAAGGAGGCCCUUAAAGAUGUGCAGUUUGAGCAUGGCUACAGGCUGGGCUUCACUGACAACAACAAGUUCUACCUCCACAACCACCUCUCCUUCAUCCUGUACUACCACAAGGAGAAAGUGGAGCAGGACGAGGAGCAUAACUUUAGAGUGGUGCGGUUUGAGGUGGUGCCCCAGAGCGUUAAGGUAGAGGACCUGAAGGGGGAUGAGAAGGGUGUGUGCGACCUGCCGGAGGCCAGCGGCUCGGCUCCCCAGGAGAUCGACCCCAGCAAAGAGAACGACGUGCUCUUCACUUACUCUGUCCACUGGGAGGAGAGCCAGGUGAAGUGGGCGUCGCGCUGGGACACCUACCUCACCAUGAGCGACGUGCAGAUCCACUGGUUCUCCAUCGUCAACUCCGUGGUUGUGGUCUUCUUCCUCUCAGGUAUUCUGAGUAUGAUCAUCAUCAGGACCCUGAGGAAGGACAUUGCUAACUACAAUAGAGAGGAUGACAUCGAGGACACCAUGGAGGAGUCUGGCUGGAAGAACGUCCAUGGAGAUGUGUUUCGCCCGCCUCAGUAUCCCAUGAUCCUCAGCUCCCUGCUCGGCUCUGGCAUACAGCUCUUCUGCAUGAUCCUCAUUGUCAUCUUUGUGGCCAUGCUGGGGAUGCUGUCUCCUUCCAGCCGAGGUGCUCUGAUGACGACAGCCUGCUUCCUGUUCAUGUUCAUGGGUGUGUUUGGGGGGUACUUCGCUGGCAGGCUCUACCGCACUCUGAAAGGCCACCGGUGGAAGAAGGGAGCGUUUUGUACGGCCACCCUCUACCCCGCCGCGGUCUUCGGGAUCUGCUUCGUCCUGAACUGCUUCAUCUGGGGAGAGCACUCCUCUGGCGCGGUGCCAUUUCCGACCAUGGUGGCGCUGCUCUGCAUGUGGUUCGGUAUCUCCAUGCCCCUGGUCUACCUUGGCUACUACUUUGGCUUCCGCAAGCAGCCCUAUGACAACCCCGUCCGUACCAACCAGAUCCCUCGGCAGGUCCCAGAACAGCGCUGGUACAUGAACAAGUUUGUUGGAAUUCUGAUGGCGGGGAUCCUUCCGUUUGGCGCCAUGUUCAUCGAGCUCUUCUUUAUCUUCAGUGCCAUUUGGGAAAAUCAGUUCUACUACCUGUUUGGCUUCCUGUUCCUGGUCUUCAUCAUCCUGGUGGUGUCCUGUUCCCAGAUCAGCAUUGUCAUGGUAUACUUCCAGCUGUGUGCAGAGGAUUACCGAUGGUGGUGGAGGACUUUCCUUGUCUCGGGCGGGUCUGCCUUCUAUGUACUCGUUUAUGCCAUAUUCUACUUUGUCAACAAGUUGGACAUUGUAGAGUUUAUCCCAUCACUGCUGUAUUUUGGAUACACAGCCCUGAUGGUCCUGUCCUUCUGGCUACUGACAGGGACAAUUGGGUUUUAUGCUGCGUACAUGUUCAUACGGAAGAUCUAUGCUGCCGUCAAAAUCGACUGAGAUGCUGGAAGGAGACGAGGGGUUGUCUUUUUUCCCUUUUUAAAAAAUAUCUUUUAUGUUUUUUUUUGUUGUUUUUUUUUUUUUGCAAGCAAGCACUGAUUUUUGUGUAUGGGAGGAGCAUGGGGAUGGGUUUGUGAAAGAGCACCCCCUGGAGGGAGAAGACGGACACAAACAUUACACAGCUCCAUCUUGUCUUCAGUUUGGGAAAUCAAAAGAAAAAAAGCUCCUCCUAGACUGUAGUUCACAGUGUUCAGCAAAACAAGGGCCAAAGUGUGUGCGAUGAGAUUUUCCUUUCCCCCCCUCUUUUUAAUGAUGCUUUUGGAAUUUGACAGGGCAGGUUUUAGGAGCAGUAGGCAGUUUUUACAUCUGUUGUACCUGUUGAUAUUUUUCCUUUUCUUUUUAUUUUUUGUUACAGGGAAUAUGUCUGUAAAGACUUUGGAGUGAGGGGCACGAGGCACUGUAUCUAUGGACAUGAUAGUGUGAUAAUGUACAUGAAAAUGAUGAAGAGCUUGUAUAUGUCUGAGGAGCAGUAAAUAAUGAAUAACAUUGUAUUUAACCCAACCCUCAUAAGAUUGGGUCUGCCCUGUCAUGAGGCCCCUGUGCAGCCAAUGAGCUUCUGACCUGUCGAGACUAAAUAGGGUUCCGUUGUUCCUUUGGGUGGAGAAAAGAACACGUUGGUUUCACUUUGUCUGCUUGUUCGUUUACUACUUUCUGCUUCUUCUCUGAACAAAUUUGCUGAAAUGGGCCCCAAGGCCAUGCUAUACCAGCUGAAUGUGUUUUACUGUGUGGGCACAGUGAGAUUUGGAUGGUGUUGUUUCAUACACAAUCAUGACACAAGUGGCUGUAUAUGAAUCUACAGAACUCGCUUAAUUUUUGAAACAGUUGAUACAAUGCUGAGUUUAGAGGCUCUGAUGAUGGUUUAAACGUUUAAAUUUUUUUAAUUUAGAAUUUUUGUUUAACAUGCCUGGUGGUUUUCUCAUUUUGUACUUUUGUUAAUUGUUACAUACGGAGCGUUGAUAUGUAAUUAUUGAUAAACAUACUUUAGGACUGUUUUAAAGAUAAACCAGCUUACACUUAUUCCCAGCAAACAUGUAAGAUAAUGCUGUGGAUACAUUAGCUGGUUGACAUUGUGAUUUUGGCAGUACCAUCAUAAGUACAACCUGGGUUAUAAUACAGUAUACUAUUCGUAGCCAUAACUCAUGCUGGUAUUAGAAUUACGGACCUGGAUACUGAUUUUAGAUGAACAACUAAUGCCAAAAAUAAUUAAUGGACUGACUGCUCUAAUAUUCUGAUGCAUACAUGCAUGUUAUUUACAACUUUGUAUGCUGGUAAUCAGAGCACAUGGUAAAGGCUAACAUCAAGUAGUGCACAGCAUUAUUUGUAGAACCAAGAGUAUUGUAAUAUUAUGAGGUGUACUUUUUAAAAAACGUUUUUGAUGUAAUUUAUUUCGUUUUUUUUUUUUUUUUUCUCUUGCCAGGUGCAACAUCACUGAAAGUUGGUAAUCAAUUGGGCACAAAUCUUGGUGCUUGAUAUGCCACUGUUGGGUUCCUAGGCAUUAUGAGUCAGAACCUUGAUGUAAGCAGUAUGCCUGUUUUGUUGGUAUCAACCUGUUCUGCACCGUGCACAAUCAAGCCUUUGAUUAAUUGCAUUAUUCUUACUGUUAAACGUCAUUUUGGCUCUUUUUAAGGAUGGCUUUGGUGCAUAGUCAACAGUACAUUGCAAGAUAAAAUGUGAAUCAGAUUUUUCAGAAGGAGAGCUUUCCUGGACGGAAAUGUCAUUCGUUCUUUCAAAAUUUCUGAAGUAAUUUCUGAGUUAUAGUUGGUAUGAAGAACCGCCUGGAUUUUAAACAUUUUAUUUUAUUAUUUUUUUUAUGCAGAAGCAGACACAAGUGUACUGUAACUCCUGUCAGUUAAUCUCUUUGCAGCUAUUCUAAGAUGAGCCCGUUCUAAAUAUAUAGGUCCUGUUGCCUACUUUUCAUAAAUGACUUGGUUGCCCAACUUUGUUCUUUAAGGACUUUUGUUCACUAUUUGUUUGUUUUUUUUAGUCUUCUGUAUGGUUUAAACCUCCAUGUGCAUUCAAUCAUGUACCCAAAAUGAGCUGAAUAAGCAUAAAUGAGGGGAAGCCCAGAGCUAGAGAGUACAUCUUCCAUCUGCGAUAUGGUAACACUGCUGUGGUAGACUUGCUGCAUUAAUAUUGGGAACUGAGAAUGGAAGUGGGCAAUGUAGAAUGUGGUGUGCCAAUGGUGACCAGCUGUAGAUGGGUGUACCCACCCCCUCCAUGCCAGAAAACCCCGGCAAGGGGGGUGGGGGUGGGGGGGGGGUGGAGGAGAAAUCAAUAAAAUGUGUCUUGGCAGAUUCAAUCAAUUACUGAAUCAUUCUAGCCCUUUGGAGCCCUUUUUCAGAGCAAUUCCACUUUUAGAAGAGUAGAAACGUAAGUCUAUAACGAGAGGAAAACCCUGGCAUGGUGAAGUAUCCUUUUUUAGCACUCUACUAGAAAUGCUGGAUGUCUGCAGGUGAGCUAAAGUUUCACCAAAGGGUUGGGCUACUGAUGUGUCGCACAGCAAAAAAUUGAACAGCUACAGUGAGAGCACAGGGAUGGGACCCUGGGGUGUUGUCCUUUGCUCUGAGCCCGUCUUCCAGGUGUUCAGUGUGGAAUUAUUAGUUCAUGGUUUCUGUGGUAAGACCAGGCAGAAACCUUUUUUUAUUUUUAACCAUUUUUUUGGGCCAAUCAAAUGUAGGUGUGCCCCCUUUAAAAUGCAGUUGGCAGAAGGAGGAAGGGAGAAUUGUUCUGCAGUGUGAGACUAACUGCAAUUGCAGCCUUUUGUGGUUAAAACUUUGGGUGUGGCCUAUUUUGGUAAAUAUGUGGAAACCACUACUGGUUGGGGUCCCUAGGUUUGGGUUGGGACAGGGAAAAUCAGCAGCAGAGAAUUCAGAACAUGGUGCUUCACAAGCUCUUGUUCUAGCCUCUAAACAUGUUUGUAGAACUUGGAUCAAACAACAGCAUCUGGGACCCAAUAAUACUUUGACGUACAUAUUUUAUACAGAUGUACUUUUCUUGCCCUGUAUGUAUGUGUGUACGGGUGUGCGUGUGUACUGUAUGUCUGUAUUUCUGUAUAUAAUGCUUUGUGUUGUUGCAUUUAAGCUCUUCCUAGGCUGUAUGUUCCCAGUCAUGUCGUCCUUUAUGACAGGCAGCAUGUUUUUAAUCCUUUUUUUUUUUGUUCUUUAUUCAAAGAAUGUCCAGUUAUAUAAUGUAUGAAACAAUAAAAGUGCCCCUAAAUUCAA